AAUCGAUAAAAAUAAAUCGACUGUCGACUGAUUAUUGCAAAGCUCUACUAAACGAUACAUACGUACAUACAUACAAAGCACAAAACUACAAAUUUCGAUAAAGAUUUGUAUACAACGUACGAUUUAUAUACGGAGCCCAACGACGCAAGACGGAAGUACGCGUUAUUGGUGAUCGUGUCAAUUUCUAGUUUUCUUGCCAACGGAUUGAUAGAAGAUGCCAGAGAACGUGCUAAACGGAGAUCAUAUUGACGUAAAAGGUGCCAAUUGUGAAUCUCAUGACAAUGACGAAGAGAAUGUUGAAAACGAUGUACAUUUUGAACCUAUAAUUUCAUUACCCUUGAUAGAAGUGUCCAAUAAUGAAGAAGAUGAGAUAGAGAUGCUAAAAUUACGGGCAAAAUUGUAUCGUUACGAUACAUCAAGUAAUCCUGCGGAAUGGAAAGAACGUGGUACAGGGGAAGUCAAAUUGCUGAGACACAAAACAAAAAAUACAGUCAGAGUAGUUAUGCGCAGAGAUAAAACUCUCAAGAUCUGUGCCAAUCAUUUUAUUACUCCAUGGAUGGAAUUGAAACCAAAUUGUGGCAGUGAUAGAGCAUGGGUUUGGAGUGUUCUUGCCGAUUAUGCAGAUGAACAACUCAAAUCAGAAUUACUUGCAAUACGUUUUGCAAAUGCCGAAAAUGCAUCCAUGUGGAAGGAAACAUUUGAAAAGGCUAAGAAGAUUGUAGGAUCUGAAUGUGAAAUUUAUGCUGGCAAAAGCAAUUCUGAACAAAAGCAUAGUGAAAGUGACAGCGAAUCUAGUAGCGAUGUAAGUUACAGCGAAAGUACUGAUAAUGAGGACCAAACAAGAUCAAUUAAACGGACUGAAGACUAUGACCUGGUUUCUCAGCACAAGGAUAUUGAAAAGAAGACAAUGGAGGAAAAAGAUAUAGUAACGAAUGAGGAAAAAAUAAUUAAUGACAUUGCAAAACUAAAAGUGAAAAAUGAAGGUGAGAAGUAAUGAUUAUAUAUGGGCAUAUACAGAUGUAUGUAUACAUAUACAUAUACUGGAACAUAAAUAAGAUAAUACAGAGUUUAUUAAAAGGCACAUUCCGAUAUUAUAUGCGCAAACACAUAUUUUACAAUGUUUUAUUAUUCGAACAUUAAAUGCAUAGAUGAAUUUUUAGCAAUAAUAGUAUGAGAAAGUUGAUUAAAUUUCAAAGUUACGCGCUAAAACUAUAUUUAUAUGAACAUGUUAUCUGUGAUUUUUUUAAAAACUGGGAUUUUAAAUUCAUAUUACAUUUGUAAUGAAAGGAAUGUAUGUGAGGGAUGUAUGUCGACUGUCAGAAAACGAGUAAAUAAAUACAACGACACUUGUACGAACGAAAAACUUUCCGCAUUUUAUUUGCUCAUUAUUUCACAAAAAUGAUGUGUGCAUUGUAUCACAUGAUUUUUUUAUGAUUAAUGAUUGCACGUUAUAUUUUCCUUAAGGAAAAUGAAUGAUGCAUUGAGAGAGG